UCUCUCUCUCUCUCUCUCUCUCUCUCUCACUACUGUUUCUCUCUCCUCUUUCUUUUGGCCAACCUCAUCCGACAAUACAUACGCACCACUAUCUUCUUUUCCAGUCUAAGAAAUAAAAAUCCCUUCUUUUUUAUUAAAAAAUUCGUUACUUCUGAAAUUUAUUUGUCAUUUCAAUCUUGACAUGUCUAGAGUAUUAUUAUCACUUUUCGUUCCGGUCGUAGAUCUUCAAAGAGCCAUCUUUUGUCCUGAAAUAGCUGGCUCUCGUCUUCUUUAGAGACAGAAAAAGAGAGAGUCUCCUGUUUGGUAUUUGUGCAUUUAUUGAAGAUCCCAUUUGAAAGCUAGUGUUUUAUCUGAUCCUCAGUUCAGAUAUCUUGUCUUAAUUUCAUUACUCUUUUUGGUGAAAUUCAAUUUUGGAGUAUUUUAGGUGAAAAAUAAAAUAUUCUCAAGUUUCAGCUCGAGCGAAGUUUUGCUGUGUUUUGAAGUAUUGAAGGAAGGGAAAAAUUUAAAGUUACAGGAACUGAAAAGGCUGAAUGGUUCCACUGUAAUCAAUGCAGAAAACGCAUAAAAUUUGUGACUGUGUGGUGAAUUUGUGAUAACAAUCAGGGGUUUUGCGUGGGAAAAGGAGCAAAUCAAGCGAAAGUUAAUAAUUUAGUAAUAAGAAAAGAGGGGCUACAGUUUUUCUUUCCCGUGAGUUGCUAAUUUACUCGCUUCAUUGAAGGGUGGUUUUAUUUGUAUAAAAAGAAAAAAAGAUUUGUUUUUGUCAGUAUGUAUUUGAUUUCGUAGACAAAGCUGUUUAGCUUUCGUUGAGCUAUUUUGGCUGUUAGCUUCUUCGGUAAGGUGAGUGGAAUAAGUGUGUUUCUGAGCCUUCUAGAGGCCCAAGAAUCAUUUGGCUUGAUCAAGAUCGUCCAUUUAGUAUUCUGAGAUCACUAGGUAGCACAACCAAGAUUAGUAAAUUAAGAUAAUUUUGGGUUCAGUUAAACAUAAUCUCCCGUCAGUUCUCUGUGGAAAGCUGCUCAGACUAUUCAAAAUUUGCGUAGUUUUGGCGUUGGUUUCGCUUUUGGGAUUUCAGAAUUUGAGGUUUGGGGGAAAUGGCUAUGGUGGCACAGCAACACAGAGAGAGUAGCAGUGGGAGCAUAAACAAGCAUCUUGAUUCAGGGAAAUAUGUCCGGUACACGGCUGAGCAGGUGGAGGCGUUGGAGAGGGUAUAUUCUGAGUGCCCAAAACCGAGUUCUUUGCGCCGCCAGCAACUGAUCCGGGAAUGCCCAAUUCUUUCCAACAUUGAGCCCAAACAAAUCAAAGUGUGGUUCCAAAACCGCAGGUGUAGAGAGAAGCAGAGGAAAGAAUCUACCAGGCUUCACGGUGUGAAUAAAAAAUUGAGUGCUAUGAACAAGCUGUUGAUGGAGGAAAAUGACCGCCUUCAGAAGCAGGUAUCCCAGCUGGUAUGCGAGAACGGAUACAUGCGCCACCAAUUGCAAAGUGUAUGUCGAGUUCUCUUAUUAAUUAUUUAUAGAUUAAGCAGAGGCUUUAAUGAUGCUAUUAACAGCUUUAAUGAUGACGGCUGGUCAUUAUUGAACUCUGACGGGGCUGAAGAUGUAGUAGUCGCCAUCAACUCCUCCAAAAACCUGAGCACUGGAUCAAAUAGCCUUUCCUUUAUUGGAGGCGUUCUUUGUGCUAAAGCAUCUAUGCUACUUCAGAAUGUCCCUCCAGCAGUUCUGGUUCGGUUUUUGAGGGAGCACCGUUCAGAGUGGGCUGACUUUAAUGUUGAUGCCUUUUCUGCUACGUCUUUGAAAGCUAGCUCAUAUGCAUAUCCAGGAAUGAGGCCUACAAGGUUUACUGGAGGCCAAAUUAUCAUGCCACUUGGUCAUACAAUUGAACACGAAGAGAUGCUUGAAGUGAUUCGGCUGGAAGGGCACUCUCUCGGUCAAGAAGAUGCUUUUAUCUCAAGGGACAUUCACCUUUUACAGAUGUGCAGCGGGGUAGACGAGAAUGCAGUGGGAGCCUGCUCUGAGCUCGUUUUUGCUCCAAUCGAUGAGAUGUUUCCUGAUGAUGCACCACUAGUGCCCUCUGGUUUUCGCAUUAUUCCGCUCGAUUCAAAACCAGGUGAUUCACAGGAUACAUUGACUGCACAAAGAACACUAGAUUUGACAUCUAGCCUCGAAGUCGGCCCAGAAACAAACCAUGGUGCAGGAAAUGCAUCAUCGUCUUAUAGUGCACGAUCAGUAUUGACUAUUGCCUUCCAGUUCCCAUUUGAAAGCAACUUACAGGACAAUGUUGCUGCAAUGGCACGUCAGUAUGUUCGUAGCGUGAUUUCCUCUGUGCAGAGGGUUGCCAUGGCCAUAUCCCCAUCAGGACUGAGCCCUACACUUGGACCGAAGCUAUCCCCAGGCUCUCCAGAAGCUCUUACGCUAGCUCAUUGGAUCUGCCAGAGCUAUAGUUUCCAUGUGGGAACCGAAUUGGUGAGGGCUGAUGCUAUAGAGGGUGAAUCAAUAUUGAAAACACUAUGGCAUCACCAAGAUGCCAUUUUGUGCUGCUCGUUGAAGCAGGCACUGCCAGUUUUCAUAUUCGCGAACCAGGCUGGGCUUGACAUGCUGGAGACUACUCUAGUGGCAUUACAAGAUAUUACAUUAGAUAAGAUAUUUGACGAUGCUGGGCGCAAGGCAUUGUUUUCCGAAUUCGCUAAGAUAAUGCAACAGGGAUUUGCUUACUUGCCUGGUGGUAUAUGCAUGUCGACAAUGGGCCGCCACAUUUCGUACGAACAAGCAAUCGUGUGGAAAGUCUUUGCUGCUGAGGAGAAUACUCUCCACUGUCUCGCCUUCUCUUUUGUUAACUGGUCUUUCGUCUAGAAGUUCAUGCCGUCCCUGAUAUUGAGAUGCGAUAUUUUGGCAGGUAAACAAAAGAGAUGUUAUAUAAAAGAUUGAUGAAAAUUCAUAAGUUUUGUAAUGUAUAAGCCCCCGUGUUUGCAUUUUUUUCUUUAGUUAAGUUUGUUUUAUGCUCAUUUUUUGAGUCUACAAUGUAAAUUCUGCUGCUUUAGCCUGCUGGAGCAUUUUAUAUGGUAGAUGGAUUAUCUCUUUAAGGUUUA